GAUCCACAGCCAAGUAUGCCGGAGCCCGAUUUCCUGAAAGAAAAAAAAUACCCAAGUGCCGGAGCCUCAGCCAACUGCCACUCCACACUUCCGUAUCAUCCCGGACUUCCCUUCCUCCACCUCCACCUCCUCUCUCUCUGUCUCUACUUCGCGCAGCCAGGCUCCAAAAUUCCGAAGCGAGACGCCUCCACCUCCAAGCAAGCUCCCACCGAUCCGGAAGCUUCCCGUGUGCCCAAUGCAUCGAAUCCUCCGCGCGGCUGCGGCGGCGGCCGCGGGGAUCGCCACGGCCCCGGCUCGCCGCCACCGCGCGCCGAGCUGGGGCGCGGCCACGGCCAGGUGGUUCUCGGUCGAACGGGAGGCGAUGAGCUACGACGUCGUGAUCGUGGGCGCCGGCCCGGCGGGCCUCGCCGCCGCCAUCCGGCUGAAGCAGCUCUGCCGCGCGGCCGACACCGACCUCUCCGUCUGCGUCCUCGAGAAGGGAGCCGAAGUGCUCAUAUACUGUCAGGGAAUGUGUUCGAGCCCCGUGCGUUGGAUGAGCUCAUCCCGAAGUGGAGGCAAGAGGAUGCCCCAAUCAGAGUCCCUGUCUCAUCUGACAAGUUCUGGAUGUUAACAAAGAACAAGGCAUGGACACUUCCAUCUCCUUUUGAUAACAAAGGGAACUAUGUAAUAAGCUUGAGCCAAUUGGUGCGAUGGAUGUCCGUAAAGGCUGAAGAAUUAGGUGUUGAAGUGUAUCCAGGGUUUGCUGCGAGUGAGAUCCUUUAUGAUGAAAAUCAAAUAGUCGCAGGCGUUGCAACCAAUGAUGUUGGUAUUGCUAAAGAUGGUAGUAAACGGGAAACUUUUCAACCGGGUGUGGAACUAAGAGGGCGAAUAAUACUUCUAGCUGAGGGUUGCCGGGGUUCAUUAUCAGAGAAAAUAAUAACGAAUCACAAGCUCAGAGAAAGUGGGCAAGGCCAACAUCAAACGUAUGCUCUUGGAAUCAAAGAGGUCUGGGAGAUAGAAGAAGGAAAGCAUAAGCCAGGUUCCGUGGUUCAUACUGUAGGGUGGCCUUUGGACAUGAAGACAUAUGGAGGAUCAUUUCUAUACCACCUUGAUGAUAGACAGUUAGCAAUUGGUCUGGUUGUUGCCUUGAAUUAUCGAAAUCCUUUUCUCAGCCCAUACGAUGAGUUCCAGAAAUUCAAGCAGCACCCUGCAAUCAGAACACUUCUGGAAGGUGGAACAGUUCUUCAGUAUGGUGCUCGUACUUUGAAUGAAGGUGGUUUUCAGUCAAUACCAAAUCCAGUUUUCCCCGGUGGUGCAAUUAUUGGAUGCUCUGCAGGGUUCCUAAAUGUUCCCAAAAUAAAAGGAUCACAUACCGCUAUGAAAUCAGGUAUGCUUGCGGCAGAAGCAACUUUCAAGGCUCUGGUUGAAGGAUCUUCCAUUGAUCUGUACUGGGAGAAUCUCAAGAAGUCAUGGAUAUGGGACGAACUCUAUAGAGCUCGGAAUUAUAGACCAGCAUUUGAAUACGGAUUUAUUCCUGGCAUGGCCUUGUCAGCAGUGGAACGCUACAUAUUCAAAGGGAAGUCACCUUUUACACUGAAGCAUGGGAAGCCUGACCAUGAAGCUACAGAAAUGGUCAAUCUGCAUUCGCCUAUUUCGUAUCCAAAACCAGAUGGGCAGGUGUCCUUUGACGUUCCGUCUUCUUUAUACAGGAGCAACACAAACCAUGAGCAUGACCAGCCUCCUCAUCUCCGGUUGAGGGAUCCUGCAGUACCUGAAACCGUAAAUCUCCCACAGUAUGCUGGACCAGAGUCGCGUUAUUGUCCAGCUCGAGUUUACGAAUAUGUAUCUGACGAGAAUGGUGACCCGAAGCUUCACAUAAAUGCUCAAAAUUGUCUUCAUUGCAAGGCUUGUGACAUAAAAGAUCCAAAGCAAAACAUCGAGUGGACUGUCCCGGAAGGCGGAGGAGGACCUGGUUACACAGUGAUGUGAACAUUAGUAGAGAAAUUCUGAUGCCCAAAUUGGCCUGUCCAACACUAUUCUCAUAAUAAUGGUGUAAAUAUUACUUACAAUGUUUCUGAUGCUGAAACUAGCUUGUCCGACGGUAUA